AUGAGACCGCUUUGAAAUCGCUGUGUGGGUUCGGUAGAGAGAGCCCGAAGAUGAUUUACCACUAAAUAUCUUGUCAGGGCAGCUUUUAUUUGCGGCAUGUUCACCUGAACUUGUGACUGUAGCAACCCAGUGCUGACUAAAAAGUCAGCCACAUGCGUGCUAACGUUGACAUACUGGCUAUGACACGGGUGUUAGCUGGCUAGGUUAAUGUUAGCCAAGUUUACGUUAAGGUUAGCUCUUUUGUAACUGGAAAAGUCAUCUCAUCACCGACUAGGCCUAUUUUCAUCUUAAAAAUGGAAGACCGGGAUUUUCUACUUGCCCUUCAGUUACAAGAGCAAUUCGAUUGUGAAGCGUCAGCAUCAACUGAUGAUUAUUUUCAAUUAAGUCAAUCUUCCAAGGGUGUCAUUCCUUACUCGCGUCCAAAGAAUGUGUCGCCCGAGAGACCGAUGUCCAUUGUGGACGAGUCGUGGGAAACGAUUGACCCAAGCCCUGACGUUCGAUCGAUGUUCCUUGAAUUUAAUGAUAUGUUUUUUUGGGGAAAGCUCAGUGGAGUAGAAGUCAAAUGGAGCCCUCGAAUGACACUAUGUGCUGGUGUGUGUUCCUACGAAGGAAGGGGCGGCCUGUGCUCCAUCCGUCUCAGUGAACCACUUCUGAAACUCAGGCCACGUCGAGACCUGGUUCAAACACUUUUGCAUGAGAUGAUCCAUGCUCUGCUCUUUGUGACCCAAAACAACCGGGACCGAGACGGUCAUGGGCCAGAGUUCUGCAAGCACAUGAAUAGAAUCAACCAAGCCACUGGGACAAAAAUAACAGUCUACCACAGCUUCCAUGAAGAGGUUGAUGUGUAUCGCCAGCACUGGUGGCGCUGCAGUGGCCCGUGUCAGAACCGUAAGCCCUAUUUUGGCUUUGUGAAGAGAGCCAUGAACCGCGCCCCCUCCCCAAGGGACCCCUGGUGGAAUGACCACCAACGCACAUGUGGGGGCAUCUACACGAAGGUCAAAGAACCAGAGGGCUAUGGGAAGAAGGGCAAAAAUGAUAACAAGGAUAAGGACAACAAGCCACAGAAAAAUCCCUCAAGUGGGAGCAAGCCUGCGAGCAGUGCUAUAGCAUCCGGAUCACAGGAUAUUAGAAACGUCAUUGCAUUCAGUGGGAAAGGCUUUGUGCUUGGAGGAAGCUCACAGUCAUCAAGCUCCAUUCAGAAACCUCCCUGGCAAAGUCCCUCAAACUCUGCUCACAUUCCUCCCAAACCACAGGUGUCUCCCCGAAGUCAGUCUCCUGAAAUCAAAGAAAUCGGCUAUUGGCAAAGUCAGAGUGGUUCCAAGAGGCCCAGCACCAGCACUGUGACCAAUCCAGUGAAGAAAUCAAUAGCCAAUCCUAAAGCCUUUGUCAACAUCAAUGGCUCACCUGUUCCUAUCAACAAAUCAAAUGGACAGUCAACCAAGAAGCUGUCAGAUCAUUUUAAGACCAAACUUGCAUUUCAGGACAUCUUUGGUGACGUGACUUCACCUAAAAAGAGCAAUGUUAGUGCUUCAGAAACCUCUUCCAAAAGCAGGACACCAUUCAGUGAUAAUGCUAACACUCAUGGUUUAGCCAGCAGCAGUUCCACCUCAGGGGCUGCAACACAGCCAGUCUUACAUGAAAGUCCCUUUGCAUCAAGGCCUUUUGACCGACCACAGACGAGCAAUGCAGGAGGGUCAAAACUGGGCUCUGUGGAUCCAUUUAAUCCAAGGCUGCCCAGAAGCCCCCAGAAGUCAGGUAACACAACUCCAGGGUCCAGGAAAAGACCACUGGAUGAUGGUACCUCUUCACAAAUAUCCAAAUACUUUAAGCCGUCGUCAUCUCAGAACAUUAAAGCGGAGGGCCAAGUUGCCUCACCAGCUCCCUCUGCAGGGCGAACUGCAGCACCACAGACUGCCCCCAUUAGCAUGGACCGGAUCAUGGUGAACUGCCCUGUGUGCCAGGCCAAAGUGCCUGAAGUAGAAAUCAAUAACCAUCUAGACUCUUGUCUCUAAGGUUGACACAUGAAACUUGAUGCAUACUCGUUAGGCAAAAGAGUUAUUCUCAAGGGUUCCAUUUUGCUGCCUUCUUUAUAAAAUCCCCAAAGGAGAGCUCUGUAUUAGAAACCAGAGUGGCAACGGGGAAAAGUGUGAAUCUGAACAAUAUGGUAGUUGAGCUGUACCACAGCCAUUUAUAUAUAUAUAUAAUGCCUUAUCAUAACAAAAGAGAGCAAAAAAGGAGACCAAUUAAAAGCCUUGUUCCAGCCAGCCAAAUGAUCAUGUUGGAUCAGCCAUAUUUCACAAAGCUUCACAGUAGUGGACACAUGCUUUCAUGUGGAGGCAGUUGUUUACAUAAUUGGUCAGUUAAUGUUCGAGCUAUACUGCCAUCAGUCAUGUUUAGAACAACCCUGCAGAUCUCAGUCAUGUUUAGCACAACCCUGCAGAUCUCAGGAUUGUGUGCUUGUCCUGCACUUUACAGGGUAUCUUUGACUUUGAGCAGUGAAUCUGCAGGUUCAUUUUAGAAACUGAUUUGCACUCAAAUUAUUCCACGUAUCAUUGGGGAUGUAUUGGUUUUCUCUUCCGCAGUGGGCUAGACUGCUGCUCUUUUUUCAGGCACUGCAGUCUCAGGUUUAGCCUAGGAAGAGCCUGCCAUUUUUUUGCUGACUAGGUAGUAUUAUAUUUCACUCUUGCAUGCUGUUCGUUUCAGCUGGCUUUGAGGAGUCAUCUAGCACGUGGAAAGGUCAGUUUGUAGGGUAUUUCAACGCUGCCAUCAUCAGUUGUGCCACUGUGUGGUGCCACAUGUAACAGCACUAAAUCAGUGUGGAAUGACCGCUUCAGAUUAGGAUGAGGGAUGUUUUGAUAAUGGACAAUGUUAUUGCUGCAUUUGGCAAAGGUGCAUAGUGUGAAGAGUUUCCCUUUAACACAUUGAUUGUUACUGGUUUUGAUAUAAUGAUAACUGUUGUUUAAGAGGCACUUUGGGGAAUGAUGUUCUACCUCAUGAGAAUUUUUUUUUUUUAAGGAUAAGUAUAUCUGCAAUAAAUAAUGUUUUCUUAUUAUUUUUAAUUGAAUCAGUAAGCAGCAACUUAAAGUUCUUACAGUUUGAUAUGUUAUGUGUUUCUGUUCUGUUUGUGUUGUUUCAUAAACAGUAUAAAUAAAUGUUUUACUAAUGUUUGUA